GUUGUGAUACGUUUUGUAGAUCGCGCUCGUGGACCCAUCCACUGUAGUACGUGGUGAUCGUGGAAUAAUAUCCCCAGUCCCAUAUAACCCACCAGCUAGUGCUCCCUCAAACAUGCCAACAAAUUUCUGAAUUACACAUCAACAGUGGAGUGGUUUUUUACCGUCGAAUAUAUCGUGUAUUUUUAUUUUCAUCGUUAAUUUUGGAUUAAUAGUACAACGGAGCAAUUGACUCGUUGAUUAUCGAGUUGAUUCUUUAUCACUUUAAUACAGAAAAGACACUUCGCAAUCGUCACUGAUAUUCAUCAUGAGCACUCCUAACAGCACGCCGCAUGUGGACACGAAAGUCGGUAUCGUGAAAUUGAUUGUCUCUGGUGAUACCGUGACAAUCAGGGACAUUCCACGAGGGAGGCCCCCAAAUGAGGUGACAAUCUCCCUGUCGAACAUCUCAGCUCCGAAAUUAGGGAGACGAGGCGGUCCCAAUUCUGAUGAGGAGAAGGAUAAACCAUGGGCUUGGGAAGCCCGGGAAUUCCUGAGGAAGAAGCUCAUCGGACAGGAGGUGGUCUUCGCCGAGGAAAAGGCUGCCACCACGAAAAAGUACGGUUCUGUCUGGCUGGGAAAAGACAAGAACACCGGUCAGAACGUGGCUGAACUUCUCGUGUCGGAGGGUCUGGCGACAGUGAAACGUGACUUGCGCAACCUCAACGACACGCAAAAGCGUCUGAUUGAGCUAGAGGAUGCUGCAAAAUCCGCAGGCAAGGGUCUCCACUCAGGUGCCCCUUCCUCUGAGCAUAUUCGUGAUGUCAAAUGGACAAUCGAGAAUCCACGAGCUCUGGUGGACAAGUACAACGGCAAACGAGUUAAAGCGAUAAUCGAGCACGUGAGGGACGGCUCAACAGUGAAGGCCUUCCUCCUCCCUGACUUUUACCACGUCACCCUGAUGCUCUCGGGUAUUCGUUGUCCCCAGAUAAAAUCCGACGAGGAGGAGCCCUUCGCCAGGGAGGCCAUUUUCUUCGUGGAGUGUCGAAUCCUCCAGAGGGACGUUGAGGUUAUCCUGGAGGCAGCCAACAACAACAACUUUGUGGGAACGAUUCUUCAUCCCAAUGGGAACAUUGCAGAGCUCCUCCUGAAAGAGGGAUUUGCCAAGUGUAUUGGCUGGACCAUGAACAUCACGAAGUCCUCGGUCGAUAAGCUCUACAUGGCGGAGAAGGCUGCCAAGGAGAAACGACUGCGUCUCUGGCGUGACUGGGUACCCACAGCACCUCAGAAGGAAUACAACGCUGUUGUCGUUGAGAUCACAAGUGCUGAUUCUAUGCUUGUGAAGAAUCAAAAUGGAGAAGUGAAAAAGGUCUUCCUGAGCAGUCUGAGACCACCCCAGCGCCCUAAAAAGGCAGGUGAGGAGAAGGACGCUCCCCGUUCCAAGGACUUCCGUCCACUGUAUGACAUUCCCUUCAUGUACGAGGCACGAGAAUUCCUCAGGAAGAAGCUGAUACGAAAGCAGGUGAAGGUCAUCGAGGACUACACCCAACCCGCCAAGGAUCAGUACCCAGAGAAGAUUUGCUGCACAAUUCUGGUUGGAAAAGUCAACAUCGCUGAAGCUAUGGUGUCCAAGGGGCUGGCGACAGUUGUCAGGUACAAGCAGAAUGACGAUUCUAGGCCACAGCACUACAAUGAACUCUUGGCUGCCGAGAGCAAAGCUGAAAAAUCAGGGCACGGACUCCACGCCAAGAAGGACACUGCUCCCCAGAGGAUAAUUGAUCUGUCUAAUGAUCCCUCCAAGGCCAAGUUCCACCUGUCAGCGUUGAAGAGGACCAGGGGAAUCAAGGCUGUGGUGGAGUUCGUGACCAAUGGCUCGAGGCUGAAGCUGUUCUUGCCGAAGGAACACUGUCUCAUUACUUUCCUGCUGGCUGGGGUCAAAGCCCCCAGGAGGUCCAGGCCAAAGCAGGGAGGUGGUAUCAUUGAAGGGGAGAAAUACGGGGAGGAGGCUUACAACUUCAUGAAGGACCAGACCUUCCAGAAGGACGUGGAGAUCAUGGUGGAGAGCAUGGAGAGCAAGGGCAGUGGAUUCAUUGGGUGGUUGUUUGUCGAUGGAGUCAAUGUCGCUGUCUCUCUCGUCGAGGAGGGACUUGCUGAGGUCUCCAGCUUUACGGAGAAUGGAGAGUACCUGAAGCUUGUUAAGGGAGCUGAGGAGCGCGCGAAGGCAAAGAAGCUCAACAUCUGGAAAGAUCGAGCCGAGGUUGAGGCAGACACGGAGAAGAUCGAAGAGGAAAAAGAGGUGCCUGAGAGGAAGACUGAGGCCAAGGAAGUCGUGGUAUCUGAAAUCACCGAUGAACUCCACUUUUACGCCCAAUAUGUGGACCAACGCAGUCAGGUCGAGGGUCUGCUGAGCAGGCUGCGUCAGGAGCUCGAGGACAAUCCUCCACUUCCGGGGGCUUACAGUCCAAAGAGGGGGGAACUUGUUGCUGCUAAGUUCGGUGGUGAUGACCAGUGGUACAGGGCCAAGGUCGAAAAGGUGGCUGGGACCAAUAUCAGCGUUUUUUAUAUUGAUUAUGGUAACCGGGAGGUGAUUAAUGUCACAAGAGUUGUACCACUACCUGCGGGAUUCUCCGGAGAGAAGGCUUUCGCUCAUGAGCAUGUGCUGGCUUAUGUCGAGGCACCCAAAGAUGCUGAUGACCUCAAAGCUGCACUGGAGGCCCUACAAGACGAUUUAGCAGAUAAAACUCUGUUGCUCAAUGUUGCAUACAGAACUAACGGUCUUCCAGCUGCAACCCUGGCUGAUCCAGUGUCUAAUGAGGAUCUCGUCAAAGCGAUUGUUUCUGAUGGAUAUCUCCACGUGACGAGCAGAAAGAUCGCUAACAAAGUGUAUGAUGAGUUCAAAACAGCCGAGAACGACGCAAAGAAGCAUCACCGCAACAUCUGGCAGUACGGCGAUGUGACGACUGAUCCAUCCAAGGACUGGAAGUAAAUAAUCGUCGAGUGAAAUUCCACCCACGACAUGAACCCAAGAAAAUAUUAAAUAAACGACGAAUAAAUUGAAGAGGAGAAUCAACCGAGCAUAAUAUAGGCGACAGAAGUGUAUUAAUCGAGAAACAAUAAUGAUUCAGUAAAAUGUAUUUCGUUGCAAACAAGAAAAAGAUAAUUGGUGUACUGUUCAGGUGGUUGUGAUCGAUGUUUGGAGGACAAAAGAGAGUAUGAAAGAGGAAUGGAAAGUAUAAUAGAAGUGAAAUAUUAAAUUGUACAUAUGAUCAUGUUUAAUUGCCAGGGGAUUGACUAUAUGGACUGGCAUUUGACCCCUCCUCGAUCACUCUGCCCAAUAAGACUGCUGUCGUCUCACAACAGAUUCAUUAAUUAUUAAUCAUCAUCAGUAGAAAGUCUGGAUUACAUUCUCAAGUCCUCAUCCUACCAAUCAUUGUCUUUUUAACAGUUUAGUGGUUGAGUGAAAGUCCUGGACAUCCUUACACGUGAAAAUGCUUGAAGAUUCCACCGCUGAUGCAGCAUUAUUCAUGUUUUUAUUUUUUUUUUAAAUCCCUUUUUUGUACACCGAAAUAUAUAAUCGAUGAUAUUGUUAA